GAGAGAGGAGGAGGAGAGAAGCGAAGCUGCUCUCCCACUUCUAAAGGGGCUGCCGGCUGUUGCUUUAGCUUUCCUGCCACUGUAGGGAGAUUCGGUGUUACUUCAGUGCUACUUUCCUCGGCGCGGUCCAAUUUCUCUUCUUCCGUGCCUGGAGCGAGAGAGGGGGUCACACUGCAGGGAGUUCCGCAGAUUCGGAUUACGUGAAGAUGAAUAGGAAAGUGCAGCAAGCAUGACAUCUCUGGCCAACAUCAUUCCUUCCCCACAGUCUGAGUGGGUCUCCUUCAGCGAUGGCCUUCACCGUUCUGCAGCUUCCCAAGGUCAUACUAGGGAGCCACUUGAGAGAUUUCUUUCCUCCUCUGAUACUUCCUCUGAAGGCAUCCAAAAUCUAGAUGGAGAACUGCCAAGUCUUUCACAUGCUGAAUUGGGAGAAAGAAUAAACAAAACAGCUGUAGGUCUUGAUCUGCCUUCAUCCUUCAGCACGUGGGUCCAGUUUGAAGAUGCACCCUGGACCAGUUCACCAGAGCAUCCACAUACAGCCUCAUCUCCAAAAGUAUUUUGUUGGAUGUGUCCCUCUUUGGGAUAUUCCGAGAGACAACCUCUUACUUCAGAGAGCAGUUGGACAACUACUUCAGAGAACAGUAGCAGCCCGAGUAUCACCCCUUCCUACACUGAUCUUCAAUCAAUAAAUACAGAGGAUUUGACUAGUGGAAGAGCAUCCGCUGAAGACUCAACUGACAAUUCUUCAUCUCUUCUUGAAGAUGACGAGCUAGGUAUGGAGGCCACCAGCUGGCAGCUGAACAAUACACCCAUUAAUGGCCAUGGUGAAAGUGCAACCACAGCCCGUUUCCCCAGCUGGGUGACUUUUGAUGACAAUGAAGUUAGUUCCACUUCUCCAAUAACUACAUUUCCUGUGAAACAAGAAUCUUCAUCGUUAUCAGGAGGAGCAACAACAGCAACCACACAGGUCAUAGAUGUGAACACCAGUACCCCUUUAUCCUUUAAAAAAAGGGAACGUCCCAAGAGCACCUUGAGUGAUUUUUCUAAAGUUCAGAAGCUCGACCUUUCUUCCAUCACCUUGGUGCCAUCAGUUGGCGGAACACCGCCCUGGAGUGCUACUAAUCCUUUCCUUGAUGUAUCACUAAACGAUGUUCAACCUUCUCCUAUCAAUCCAUUCAGUUCUUUCUUUGAGGAAAGGGAUAGACGUACCCAAAGGAACUCUCUCUCUGGAAACACUAGUAAAAAGCAGAGAGAUUCUCUUCUUAUCCUUCAUCAGCAACCUGAUUCCAUUAGCUUCAAUGAGCCAAGUACACAAAUCAGACAUAGAGAUGCUAUUGAGCAACUCAAGCAGCUACAUAUUGGUGAUCCAGAUCAACUGAACAGCCUCAGUCUGCCAGAUGAUGACCCUACAAUCUCCACUGAGGUCUAUAAUACCCUGUCCACUUUGGGGCCACCUCAGCAAAAAGAUGGCUGGCCAAUGAUGCUGAGGAUACCAGAAAAGAAGAAUAUAAUGUCUUCUAGGCACUGGGGUCCAAUAUAUGUCAAACUGAAAGACAGAAGAUAUUUACAACUCUUCUAUGAAAAGGGACUAGAGAAGCCUUUUAAGGAAUUUAAGCUUGAAAUAAAUCAUGAAGUUUCAGAGCCCAAGCUUCAAAAUUAUGAUGAAAAUGGAAGGAUACACAGUGUGAGAAUAGAUCAUGUUACUUACAAAGAAAAGAAGAAAUACCAACCAAAGCCAGCUGUUUCUCACAUAGCAGAAAAGGAACAGGUUAUUAAGCUAGGCACCACCAAUUAUAAUGAUUUCCUUAGCUUUAUCAGGGCUGUUCAGGAUUCGUUGAUGGAUUUGCCUGCUUCCUCAACAGAUUUAAGUACAGUAGGACUUAAUUACCAAGAGGAAGAAAUCACUGUUGACAUAAAAGAUGAAUUCUAUGGAAUUUUGGCCAAAGGAGACAACAGGAUCUUGCAGUAUAAUGUAUUGACACGAGUACACGUGCUCAGCUUUCUUUCUGGACUGGCAGAGUGUAGGCUGGGCCUCAACGACAUUCUUAUUAAAGGGAAUGAAAUUGUUUUGCGGCAGGACAUCAUGCCCACCACCACUACUAAGUGGAUUCAACUGAAUGAUUGCCAUUUCCAUUCAUGUGUGGAUGAAGAGGCAUUUGCCAGUGCCCGUGUCAUUAUGUUUAACCCUUUGGAUGCUUGCCGAUUCGAACUGAUGCGUUUUAGGAGUGUCUUUUCUGAGAAGACCAUGCCUUUUACUUUAAGAGUUACGGCUAGUGUCAAUGGUGCUGAAGUGGAGCUUCAGAGUUGGCUGAUGAUGUCACCAGGGUUCUCAUCCAACAGAGAUCCUUUAAGUCAAGUCCCCUGUGAAAAUGUGAUGAUUCGUUAUCCUGUGCCGCAUAAGUGGGUGAAAAACUUCCGGAGAGACAGUGUCCUUGGGGAGAAGUCCUUGAAAGCAAAGGUGAACAAAACUGCUAGCUUUGGAUCCACCAGCGUGUCUGGCUCUGAGCCAGCAAUGAGGGUAACACUAGGAACUGCCAAAUACGAGCAUGCUUUCAAUUCCAUUGUGUGGAGGAUAAAUCGCCUACCUGAUAAAAAUUCUGCUGCAGGUCAUCCUCAUUGCUUCUUUUGCCACCUGGAACUUGGCUCAGACCGGGAAGUGCCUUCUCAUUUUGUCCGCUAUGUGGAUGUAGACUUUGAUAUGCCAGCAAGUUCAGCAUCCAAGGCUGCCGUUCGGUCCAUCUCUGUGGAAGGCAAGACUGAUGUGAGGAAGUGGGUGAAUUAUGCAGCACAUUACAAUUAUAAGGUGGGAAUAGAGAGGAAAAAAAGCUUGAAUCCAGAUAAUUUGGGAGAAGAUGGUGAUAAUGCCAAGGAAUGUGCUGUGCAAUGAAAGGAAGAAAUAGUUAUCUGAAAGCAAUAGAAGCAACAAGAAUUGAAUACAAGGAAUGCCGUGCCUCCCUUCUGUAGUCCGAAGAACCAAGAAGUAUUUGGAGUGACAUUUCGCUCUCUGAACAGACUUUAAAAAUCCUUUUGGGAUAUGUUUGCUGAGUAGUUUGGGUAGAAUUACACUAAGUAUAUAGGCUUGCAGUGCACUCAAGCCUCUUUUCAUCUGUUCCAGUAUAUUUUUUAGAGCAAAAUAACUGUAUUUUGUCAGCUACAGUUGUCAAAAUUCUAGACUUGUUAAGUAUUUUCAAACCGUAUACUUGUCACUUCCUGACGACUGGUAAUUCAGUCUUCAGUGGAGUUUUUCCAGGUGAUCUGCAACAGCCCUUGGGAUGGGAGGUGUAGAAGAAACACUAGUAUUUCCAUGUUUCUUUCAUGUCUAUGGCUCUCAGUGAGAAAUCCUAAGCAACCUUUCCUAUCAGCUACCGGUAGGUAGAGAGAGCCAAAGGAAGAAUAUUUAAAUAUUGUAUACUUCCCUUGGCAAAUCAGAAAUAUUUUAUGCAAUUUACUGAAAUGCCAGAGUUAUCCUUUAGACAUGAUUUAGUUGAAAGGGACUAAGGUGACUUUUGGAUCACUUUUACCUGGGAAGAUACUGAGGGGAAAAUAGAUUUAAUCUCAGUUAGAUGUUUAGCUAAACUGGUUACUAUGUGUUCCCCAAAUCACUACCAUACUGCAUAUAUUAAUAUGCUGAACUUUUAAGUUUUGAUGAGGUUGGUAAAAAAAUUGGUCAACUUUUGUAAAUGCCGAUAAUGCUACUUUCAAAUUCUGUCUUAACACUACAUUUUAUUUCCAAGAUACUUCAAAAAAAUAAUUUCUAUGUUACUAAGCAAUUAAUGGCAUCACUUUAUACAAGGUAGACAUAAUGGCAGUACAGAUUUUUUUAAUGAAUUCUUGUGUCCACACAGUCUUUUUCAUAGAGAUGAAAACUUGACUUCUUGAAAAAUCUCAUCUUGUAGUUGUUUUUUAAAGAAUCAAGUUUCUAGUUUUCAGAUUUCUGGGAAUACUCCUAAACAUGUCUGGACAUAUCCUCAAAAAACUUUCUAUGAGUACACGUUGGAGCUUCAGUAUUCUCCAUUUCUUUUUUAAUCCUCCCUAUGUCCAAAAACUAAAAGUUACCAAUUGCUAUAGGAGUUGUAGUCCAAUAUAGUGGGAGGAGCACCAAGUUGGGGGCUGUACAUAUCUAUAAUCAUACUUUCUGUCAAGCAAGAAUUUGGUGUAUGUAUGAGUUCAGAGAAUUCUGGUGGGCAUCUUUGCUUCUGAAAAUGGCAGCCACAGUUGCCAGCAAGACAUCAGAAAAUCUGUUUAGACCAGUUACUCAACCCUGAAGCACAACGCUGCCCAAUCGAUAGUGCCAUGAAAGCCUAUACACAGAAUCCUGUCUAAAAUAUUCUAGUGUUGUAAUAAAUCCCAGUUUUAAAUAAAUUUCUAGGGCUAGGCUAGAUGCAAAUUUCACCUAUUUUGGCUUAUAGACCAUAUUAUUCUGGAAAAUGGGCUUGAUGAUGAAAUUACUGUCCAAUCGCUUGUAUAAGGAAGGGAAGCUGUAAUUGGUGCUUACUCAUAGGCCAACAGUAAUUUCAGAAGAGAAUAUGUGGAGCUCAGGGGUGAACUCUAGAGUCUGAGCUUAGUUGUUUGCUUACAGUUGUUUCAUUACCCAACUAGAUAAUAGCAUCAAUGCAAAUACAGUAAGUGUGGGCUUUGCUGUUUGUAUACUGUUUAUAUACAGUAGCUUGCCCUGUCAGUUUUGCUGGUUUUUCUGUUGGCAGUUCUUUGAGUAGGGUAUUGUUUUCUGCUUGAUUGUUUGCCUGGUGUUUUUCCUUGUUUAACUGGCUGUUGGCUGCUGGAGAGAAUAUAUUCUGAUCUUUAUUUCUUCUUAGCUUUUUUGUCUCUUUUGAAUGGUAUAUAAAUGUGAUUUAUUUCUCUGUAUCUAUGGAUGAUGGAUUUUUCUGAUUGCCAAAUGUCCAAGAAUUCCCUAGCACUUUUGGAUUUAGUUUUGUCUAAGAUGCUCAGAGUUUCCCAGUUGAAACUAUGGUUGAGUCAGUCCAUGUGUUGUGUUGUGAGAUUAAGGAGUUUUCAUCAUGUCUUCUGACUGUUAAUUGGUGUUCAUGGAUGUGCUCCGUUAGUCUUCUGCUUGUCUGUCCUCCAUAGUAACUGUUAAAAUCUUUACACCAUAUAUUAUAGAUGACUGUACAACAUACAUCUAUAGCAUACAGUGAAUCUUCUGUAACAGGGUAAGGAAUGGAACAGCCACUAUGUACCUACUGGAAAAGAGUGCAAAGCCAUAAUAAACUUUCCACAACUGCUUUGAUUCAAGAACUAAUUUUUCUUUAAUGUAUUUUAACUUUUGUUCUUGGUUUAUAUACCAGACUAUUUGGUCUUCAUUUCUGAGUUGCCUGGCUUGUUUUCAUCUGCCCUUUCUUUGCUAUAUCUUACUUUUCACCGACUGUGUGAGAAAUAAUUCUCGCAAUACCGAUAACAUCUCUGCCUUUGUAAUGAUAUAACAUUUUCUUAUUUGGGUAAACUGUGUAGGACAAAAGGCCCACUGAUGUCCUUUACUGACUUCAUAUUAUCUAGCACAUCAAGAAGCACAUCUGCCUACGUCUCCUAGCUGCAUUGAGUUGAAUAUUGUUUACUGUUGUUGGUUUGCACAUUUAGUUGCAAAUCACAAUAUUUAUAAAGUAUUUAAAUAUUAUGCAAGCUUGUCUGAACCAGCCCUUCAACUUCAUUUAAAAUCUGCCUGAAAAAUUGAUGAAUGCCUUUUUUAGUGAAUACUAAAGCAUGGAGUUAUGUGGAAGUCUUUAAAAAUACUUAUUUCACACACUCUGAUAUAUGGGUGUGGUAGAAUAUUCAGGAAGCCUAAUUAGAUUUUAUCUAAUCUCAGAAAAAAAUAUUUGGGGUAGGGUAAUGGACAGGGGAAGAUUAUUUCUAUGUAAUAUAGUAUGUGGCCCAUUGGGGAGUUUAAAAUUUAAAUAUUAACAUAUUUUUAAGGGUACCAAGAAGUUAUUUUUCCCUUGGUGAUCAAGUUUAACGUGGUCUGAGCAGUCAGUCCCUUUCAGGAUAUAUUGUUAUGAAGAAUGCACUAACAACAGCUAAGGUAUAAGAGAAUGUGUGAUGAGUAGCAAGUAACAGCCACAUCCUGUACUUAACAAGACUUAACAAAAGAGAGGGGAUUGUAGAAUUGAGGAGGAGAAGCUAAGAUUCCUGACUGAUAUUUGGGGCCCCACAGAUGAACCAUCGCUGUGGAUUAAUAACAUCUGCCUUAUAAAGAUUCAUUUUUAAUUUACUUGCUGGUACGCAGUCCAUUGUUCCAGUCAAUUGUAGAUUGUAACUUACCAUCUGAUUUAAGUCCUAUAUAUGGGAAACAUCUUUCUAUGGUAUUGGCAGAUUUGUAAUGGGAAUCCCAUUAAUUUAUUGUGAAAAUGUUACUUAACAUAAAACAACCCCAAAGCCCUUAAAGACUUGCGAAGAUAAAUAAAAGGGCUUGUAUUGCAAUUAUGUUGUUGUUCAGUGCCUCCAUACAGAUAAGUCAUAACCUCUUGCACUAAUGUGAUUGUUGUUUUUUUACAUAUUUUGUAAUAGGUUUCUACCUUUUAAUGUACUUUGAAAAAGUCUAUACACUGGCUAAUUCUUUUAAAAAAAAACCUAUUGUGGCACUUCUCCAUCCCAUCAGAGAAAUGUCGUUUUGGAAUUUGGGAAGGACUGUUGAAUAAAUGCAAAUGAAAUUCGA